AGUUGUUACUAUCCCUACUACAUCAGAUAAUGGCUGUUACUGGUCUAUGCUGAAAGGAGAUGAUUAUCAAUGCUUUGACCAGCGUUGGUAGAUCUUAUGAAGAGACUCGAAAUGUGACAAUAACACUCGCGACACUGAUAGGAUUUAUAUUUAUUGUAUCAGUUCAACAUCCUGUCUUUGUUUUGUACCUAUGGCUAUUUUCUGGCGGCAUGGCAAUUGGGGUAUUUGUGCUGCAACGAUAUGUAACUCCACCUAGUAUCUGGAUUUUUGGGUACCUCUUCAAACUAAAAUACAGACCAUAUAAAAUUUUACCAGUUCCAUCUGUGAAAUAUGUUCAGUGUCCUGUUUGUGACAAACAAAACUGCCGUCGUCAUGAAGUCCAAGUAAAAUCAGAUCAGAUAUGGAAAGGGAUGAUGAUACCAGAAAAAAUUGAUGAAAAGAUUGAAGAGUUUUGUCAGUUGUUAUUAGUUCAUCAUAUUUACUAUUGGUAUCAUCCCAUCAGUAAGAAUUCUGAUUUCCUCCAUGACGUCAGAUGUAUCUUCCGCUUCAUAGCUGCUUCUUUGAUACGAAUCAGCAUGCAACUGGAUAUUGGAAAGAUAGUGACUGAAAAGCUGAUUCCCUUGGGAGUGGUUCAUCUGGAUAAUCACGUUAAAACUAAACAAAAGCACCCUAACGUCAGUAGAGACGAACUUGCGAAAUUAACUUUGGAAGAGUAUGGUGAGAAUCUCCACAUAGCUCUAACAAGUGAAGACUCUGAGAACAGAUAUCUACGAUCCCUAGUCGAGUUGCUGCUACCCUACUUAGUUCCUGAGGGUAGACUCAGUGCUCCCAAAGCUAACACCUUCAUUAGAGAGCUUGUUGCCAUGGUGAUGCUUAAAACCGGAGUUGAUUUGAUUGCUGCUCCAGAUUUUAUAAACCUUAUGAUCAGGAUGUUGCUAGACCCUGAAACUAUGAAGGAACACAAGCUUCCUCCUUCACGCAAAGUAGAGCUCCUUUCAAACUUUGUGGUAGGAACUUCCAGUCUACAGAACUCCCAGUAUUACAACCUGGAGGAUCUCCUCUUUAACCAGACAAACCUCUACUCGUUUAUGCAGUAUUUAAGGAAACAGGGAGCGAUAAACCUGCUACAAUGUUGCCUGACUGUGAAAGAGAAAAUGGAUACUUUUAACACCACAUCCGUGGAUUCAGAAAUCAGAUUUACUGGGUAUAAGAACGAUAUGAGAGGGUUUUACGAUCUAUACUUUGCAAGCGAUGCCAGUGAUAGGAUAGAAUUUCCAACUCUCAUCACUGACGAAUUGAAAUCGUCCUUGCUUGCCAAAUAUGCGUAUGGAUUUAACCCGUUCAAGGGUGUAUUACAAAAAGUGUACGAAUACCUGAUGGAACACCUGAGAGCAAACUACUGUGUUGGGUUUUACCAGAGUGAUUACUUCUUCCUUCUCCUUCUUGGGGACAGGAUCGUUCCUCCGCCUAAACUUUCUUCCUGGAGCAAGGAGCAUUUGUGUGUCCCAGAUAGUUGGUCGGAUCAGAUGAGAAAGCAAAGUGUAGGUGGUAUAGGUGCAAUGUUCAGCACCCUUAAAGACAAACUCUCUAACAACCCUAUGGAUCCCAUGUUAGAAAUGCUGGAUGAUAGCGCUUUAUCCGCAGCGCAGUUGGCUCAGAUAACUACGUCUACUGGCAGUGCACUGCUUGGAGUGGACACUGAGGACGUAGAGCAGAUUGAUUACAACGCCCAGUCGAGUAUAGAUCUCUCCAAAUGGAGCAUCAGCAUUAACAAUACUGAACUGUUGGGGGAAUGGCUCAGACAAUAUGUUGCUUAUGUUAUCGAUGUUAAAACUGAUGUUAAGAAACUUUCAGGUGGUUUCGAGCAUUUGACAGUCAAACGGAGGUUUAGCGAGUUUGUCAUGUUACACAAACGUCUCAGAAAAUUCCACGGAUCUUUGGGAGGUUUACAAUUACCACAAAGAAAGUCUAUGAACGCACUGAACAACGAGUUUAUAAUGUACCGGCGACAAGAACUGGGAAUAUACAUUCAAAAGUUACUGAGAAUGGACUACAUAAGACACAGUGAACUUAUCGCUAAAUUCCUGAGUCCUUCUUGUGAUGAUUUCAAUAAGAUAGCCUUUAUAAGCAUGCCUAAACAGGCUAUUGGUUCUGCAGGGGAAUUCGCGGGCAAAAUGAUGAGUGGUGUGAGACCGAAGGAGAAGAGCCUGUACUUGUACCCUUUUCUUAAAUCUGUUUGCAAAUCUGUCACCCCUGGUUACGGCGGAAACUCUCACACGGGCAGUAGUGAAGUCGGAAGUAACCCCUCCACACCCAUGUCUACCCCAACUAUGCCCAGAAAGAACGCCACCUUGAAGAGAACACCAUCUCAAACCGCUAAUGCUGCUCUACUGCAUUCUAAAGAAAUGCAGAGUAAAGUGAAAGUGGAGUUGAAUAAGCGACAUACCCACGACAGUACAAUAUUCAUGCAGUUAACCGGAGUCACUGAGUGUGUCCUCUACGCUGCUCUACUGUUGGGUGACCUGCCAGGUUUACUAAUACAUGCUCUUUGUUCCGUAAUGCUGGUCAUAAAGAACACUUUGGACCAUUUUGUAAUCAACUUCAUCAACUUCAAGAUAAACUUGGUGCUCCAGGAAAAAGAGGUUGUGGAGAUCAUUGAGCUGGCAAGAGAUGUUUUGUUCUUUGACGAAGAAGUAAGAGGAACAGAUGAGAUUAAAGAACGGGCUGAUUUAGCGAGAUCCGAGCUGGUCCACAAAAUUCCCAAGCCCAUCAAGAAGUUGCUGGGCGUGAAACGUAUGGAUGACGCCCUGUUGACCAUCUACGAUGCUCUUCAGAACAAAGAGCUGAACAAACAACUGGUUUACACUCUGUUGGACGUCUUCUUGGGAGAGGUCCUCACUGAGCUUAAAGAGAGGGAAGAUAUUCUGAUACAACAAGACAGAGUAGAGGGCGGGGACGAGCAAACAGCCAGCACCCCCGAGUGAUGUCACGUGGUUUGAUGCAAUGUCACGUGGUCACUGGUGUGGUGUAAUGUGGCGAACUUGAAACGUUUUUCCGUCUCCCGAGAUGAAGUUCCGCUUUAAAGUCCGAAUAGUCCACUGAAAAACGUCGUCCUGUCCUAGAGCUCUUAUCUUAACCCUAACCUUAGCCUAACCUUAAACCUAGCUCGAACCCAAACUCUAACUCCUGACUCUAACCCUAACCCUUAUGAGGCACUGGAACUGGACGACAGUCACGGAAAUUAUGAGGACUGGUUAUGGCUUGGAACUUGUUUAUUAGUGAGUUAGUUUCUUAAUUGAUCUAUUAGUUAAAGCUAACUUACAAGCUCUUGGAAGCAACAGCUAUUGGACUUUUAAAAGCGAAAGUUUUUUUGUUGUUUUAUUUAAUUGAAGUUUCUUAUUUUCGUGUUCAGUGUCUUUUAGGUAAUUAUACAAUAAUUGAUUAGAUAAUUAUAAAUUAUACAUUUUUUGUACAGGAUUUGGUGUUUCUGUUUAAUAGAAUUUAUUGUAACAUAAAAAUUUAUCCAAUAGUUUAUUCCUUAUAAUUUAGCCUUAUAUCAGUAACAUCGCCCCGGCUUUGGAAAGGAUAUUGUCCGUUGUCCGAACAUGAUCGAAUUAGUAAAAUGUGUUUAAGUAAGGAAUUUGUUUAUUUUGGAAUCCACAGCUGGCCUGUGCAGUUCUUCUGUGUAAAAUUCUGACUUGUUUGUAUUGCUUGUACUUGCUUGUACUUGCUUGUAUAUGUAUAAUGUAUAUGUAUUUGAUUGAAUUUCGCUUUUGAUUAUUACGGCUGAGUUGUGUUAUAUAAUGUUAAUUUCAGAAUUAGUUCCGC